AUGUCGUCGAAGAUCUCGAAAAUGAGCUCGUCGAUCACAACCCCCACCACGAAAAGAAGUAGAGAGGAGGAGGAGAAUGAAAAGACGAAUGUGCAGAAUGACGCUCUUUUGCACAAACUUGUCCACACGAAACUGCUUUCAGGCUCGAUGAAUACAGAACUUGAUCUAAACCCGGCACAGAGACGCAAAGCUCUUGCAGGACGCGUUUUAGAGCUGUCCGGAGAGGCCAAGUUGGGAAAGGGCGAGAAGGCAGUUCGUGCGAUAGAGAGGACGAAGGCUGCAAAGCGGGUCCGCGAAGGGUUGAACAACAAGCAACAGGAGAGACGAAAACAAGAGUUAGAAGAGGCAAAAAAUUUGGGCAACUAUCACCCAACAUUGAAGAAACUGUUUGAAGCGUCUUCAUCUGGACCAACACGGAAACGAGAAAAGGGCAUGAAGAUGGGGGUUGGGACAUUCAACAAAGGUUCCCUUCGACUUCGUAGAGAGGACGUGAAUGCAGUGAUGGGGGGUGGUUUUUCGCGCGAGGGAGGAAACAGCAAGAGGGACCGCCCCCACAAAAGAAAAUGA